AUGGAACUUAUCUUAUUACGAGAUCAAUGGAACACGCAAAAGCAUACUUUGCAGUUUUGCCUUUCACGUAGCGUAGAUACCGGAAAAGGUAAACAACCCGGAAAGAACGGAAGCAGUAAAGCCACCAGCCAAAGUUCACAGAGUCAAAACGGGUACAAAGUCAGUUCUCGAGCGACAAAUCCUUUCAUCAUUUUCUUUCUGCGACUUCGCAGCAAAAAACCGAAUGAGCAUGUCACCGUGAUAGCGCGAGCUGCGGGUAAAUUGUGGUCCCAGAUGACUCCCGAACAGAGAAAGAAAUAUGUGGAUCUUGCCAAUGAGGAGAAGAAACGACGUCAGGAGAGGAAACGGAAGAGAAAACGAUCAUCCACACAUUCGAGGUAA